AUGCCCUCCGAGCCGCCCUCCAUCCUCUUCGUCUGUCUCGGCAACAUCUGCAGGUCGCCCAUGGCCGAGGCCGUGUUUGCACACCUGGUCGACGAGCUGGGCCUGAAAGGAAGAGUGGGCAAGGUGGAUAGCUGUGGCACGGGCGCCUAUCAUCAGGGCGAAAAGGCCGAUUCGCGCACUCUCGCCGUGCUGGCGCAGCACAGCAUCGCCUCUUCCUGUCGCGCACGUCGGCUUCGCGGGUCAGACUUUGACGACUUCACCUAUGUGCUGGGCAUGGAUGCCGCCAAUGUGCGCAACUUGCACGCGCAGAAGCCGAGAGGAAGUAAGGCAAUCGUGGAGCUCUUUGGCAAGUGG